AGCGCGCGGGAAAGAGACCCUUAUAAACUGUGGCGGGAGAGUCGUUUUCGGGUCCUUGUCUAGUGAGGCAUCUUUGCGUGGAGUCAGUCAUUUCGCGGUCUCCUCGGGUUUGAGCAUGGUGCGGACUAAAGCCGACUAUGUCCCAGGCACCUACAGAAAAGUGGUGGCUUCUCGAGCCCCCAGGAAGGUGCUUGGUUCCUCCAGCUUUGUCACUAAUUCUCCGUCGUGUUCGUCGAGGAAAGCUGAAAAUAAGUAUACAGGAGGGAAUCCAGUUUGUGUGCGCCCAACUCCGAAGUGGCAAAAAGGAAUUGGAGAAUUCUUCAGGCUGUCCUCUAAAGAUUCUGAAAAAGAGAAUCAGAUUCCUGAAGAAGCAGGAAGCAGUGGCCUGGGAAAAGCAAAGAGAAAAGCAUGUCCUUUGCAACCUGAUCACACAGAUGAUGAAAAUGAAUAGAGCUUUCAGAGAUGUGUACUCAUCUGAAUAAUGCCUUCAGUUUACUCUGGUAUUCGAGGAUGUAAAUUUCAGUAGAUGUCUUUGUUCAAUUAGCUUGUUGACUAGGCACUUAGUUGAAAAAAAUGAGACUAAAAUUUAGUCAUUCAAAUGCAAUUGGGUAUAAAAAUGCAGAAUUUGUAAGAUUAUAGUUAUAUACUUUAAUAUUCAAUACAAUGCUAUAUGUUGCUUCUUUAAUAUCAUUGCAUGAUGUUCUGAUUACUAACCUACUCUGAGAUUUAUUUUGAUCUUUGUACUGAUGCCAUUUUUAUGGGCAUUGGAUUUAUUGGAAUGAUGUGAUAUUGUUAUUUCUCAUUUGCUUUAAAAAGCACUCUUU